AAUCCUGUAGUCCUUGGCUCAGCAGUGAAAGUCCUGACCUGAGACACAAAGGGGUUUUCCUCACUUAAACAUCAGCAGGACAGACCCUGCAGCUUAUACACACUGAGAAGCAAUGUAGGAUCCUCAAGCUGUGUGAACAGGGUCAGGGAUAACCAUGAGUGAAGACACUGAUGGACUGGCAGAGCUGGCAGAGCUGGACUCUGAGCACAAUGCAGAGCUGGCUGACAUGGUGGCCGCCAUGAACGUGGCAUCCAACCGGAUGACCCCUCCCAACGGCCAUCGAAGGCCCCUUGCACCAGCGCGCCGGAAGCUUUCAUUGUCAGACAGGAAGCUAUCAUUGCAGGAGCGAUCAACCCAGCCGCGAGAGGCUCGACAGCCCACCAUCGAGUCCAAGCGGGUGUCCAUUUCGGAUUCCCAGGAUUGUAUCCAGCUCAACCAAUACAAGUUGAAGGAUGAGAUUGGAAAGGGCUCAUAUGGUGUGGUGAGAUUAGCUUACAAUGAAGAUGAUGAACAAUACUAUGCAAUGAAAGUUUUUUCAAAAAAGAAGCUGAUGAAGAUGUGUGGAUUUCCUCGACGCCCCCCUCCUCGAGGAGCCAGCACAGAACAGGGACUGCCACCCAAACCCCUGGGGCCACUGGAGAGAGUCUACCAGGAGAUCGCCAUCCUGAAGAAACUAGAUCACCUUAACAUUGUCCAUCUGGUGGAGGUUCUCGAUGAUCCUGCUGAAGACAAUCUCCACAUGGCCUUUGAGUUAAUGCCAAAAGGCCCAGUGAUGGAGGUGCCCUCAGACACUCCCUUCACAGAGGAACAAGCCCGCUUUUACUUCAGAGACAUCAUCCUGGGGAUUGAAUACUUGCACUACCAGAAGAUCAUCCACAGAGACAUCAAGCCUUCCAACCUGUUACUGGGAGACAAUGGGCAUGUGAAGAUUGCAGACUUUGGUGUCAGUAACCAGUUUGAGGGGAGUGAUGCUCUCCUGUCCAGCUCAGCAGGGACUCCAGCCUUCAUGGCCCCAGAGAUGAUGACUGAUCAUGAACAGAGCUUUACUGGCAAGGCCUUGGAUGUGUGGGCCAUGGGAGUCACCCUGUACUGCUUUGUCUAUGGGAAGUGCCCUUUCAUCGAUGAAUACAUCAUCGGCCUGCACAAUAAGAUCAGGAAUAGGCCUGUGGAGUUCCCAGACACGCCUGAAGUAUGCAAGGAGUUGAAGGAGCUUAUUAUAAGGAUGCUGGAUAAAAAUCCUGAUACAAGGAUCACCAUUCCUGAAAUCAAGGAGCACCCGUGGGUGACGGAGGAUGGCACUGACCUUCUACCCCUGGAGGAAGAACACUGCACUGUGGUGGAGGUGACUGAGGAGGAGGUCCAGAACUCCAUCAAACUCAUCCCCAGUCUGUCUGCUGUGAUCCUGGUGAAGUCCAUGCUGAGGAAGAGGUCCUUUAGUAACCCCUUUGAGUGUCACAACAGGAGGGCAGAGAGGUCUAUGUCUGCUCCAGGAGGUCUCCUUGCGGACUCUUGGGGGCGACUGGAAACCGAGGUUCAUCCUUCAUUGAGGAAAUCAAGCAGAGAAGGAGAGUUGGAUGGAAACGGAGAAGGAGAGUUGGAGGACCUUACUGAAGAUGAUGGUGCAGUUGCAGAGGGCUGGUAAACCUUUUUUUCCUGAUAGACCUGUUUAAAUUAGGGGACAGACCUGUACAAAGCAAACUCUUUGCUGUAUCUUCAUAUAAUAUGUAAUAUUAAUGUAAUAUAUUUGAAGAGAGAUCCAAAUGAAAGAGCUCACCCUUACAGUCUUUUAGAAAGAUUUGUGAUAACUACAGUACAAACCAUGUAUUAGGUUUUUAACCUUUGUCUUAUUCCAUCUGCGUGAUGUUUGUGUCUGCUGUUAACAUAGGGUUUCAUUGUCUGUUCAUGAUGCACUGUACUAUAUUACUCAUAAUAGUCAAUGCCUUUUGUACUAUUAGCUCUGUGUUUUCCAAAUAUUACACCUAUGGAUUGAACUGAAAUGUGGUUGUUACAAUGUAAAUAUGUACCAUUCUAAAGAAGUAAUUUUUGCAUGCUUUCAUACAGUUGAUGUUGAAGAUAAUUAAAGGUAGCAAAUGAA